GAAACUUCUUUUUUCUUAUUAAAAUACGAAAAGUAAUGAUAAGAUUUGCUUUUCAAAAUAAUUAUUUAAAAACUUGUUUAAAUCCUUAUCACUCUUUAAUUUCAAAAAAGCGUAUCGUUUCAAUUUCAAUUAGAACUAUGGUCACUAUUGUAGAUAUUCCCAAGCUUAAAGACCCUUCUUUGUUUAAGGAAGCUGGUUUUAUUAAUAAUGAAUGGACAAAUAUGGGGGUUACAGAGAUGUUCCCCGUCACAGAUCCUGCAACUGAUAAAGAAAUAGGUCAAUUACCAGAUAUGGGUGCUAAUGAAGUGAAAAAAGCCGUUGAUAUCGCCCAUCAUGCCUUCAAGUCUUGGUCACAAACGACUGGUGAACAACGUCAUGAUUUACUCUUGAAAUGGUAUCGCGCUAUAAUGGAGAAUGUAGAUGAUUUGGCUAUUAUCUUAACUCAUGAAAAUGGAAAGACAUUAAAGGAAGCUAAAGGUGAGGUUGCUUAUGGUGCUUCCUUUUUCCAAUGGUUUGGUGAAGAAGCCAUUCGUACUUAUGGUUCAGUUAUUCCUGCUCAUGUUCCUGGACAACGUUAUGUAACAAUCAAACAGCCUGUUGGUGUAGUGGGUAUCAUUACCCCAUGGAAUUUCCCUGCCGCUAUGAUCACUCGUAAGGUAGGCGCUGCUUUAGCUGCUGGUUGUACAGUGGUCAUCAAGGCAGCCUCAGAAACUCCUUAUUCUGCUUUAGCUUUAGCUGAGCUCGGUAAGCGUGUCGGUAUCCCUCCUGGUGUGAUCAAUAUCAUUCCUACUCAUGAACAUACAAAAGAGGUUGGCUCUGAAUUAUGUACUAAUCCUACAGUUAAGAAAAUUUCUUUCACUGGUUCUACUGCUAUUGGUAAAUUAUUAAUGUCUCAAGCUUCGGGAACAAUGAAGAGAGUUUCUAUGGAGUUAGGUGGUAAUGCAUCCUUUAUUAUUUUUGAUGAUGCUGAUAUUUCUAAUGCUAUUGAUGCUACAAUUGCCUGUAAAUUUAGAGGCACAGGUCAAACAUGUAUCUCGGCUAAUCGUAUUUAUGUACACAAGAAAAUUUACAAGGAAUUUUCAACUGCUCUUGUUGAGAAAGUCAAAAAGUUUCAAAUGGGUCAUGGUUUUGAUGAUAAAGCUACCUAUGGUCCCCUCAUCAACAGUAAGGGUGUCGAAAAGGUCAAAAGACAUGUUGAAGAUGCUAUCAAAAAUGGUGCUGAAUUAUUAGUAGGAGGAAAACAUCAUGGUGGUAAUUUUUAUGAGGCCACAGUUUUGGGGAAUAUGCGUCCUGACAUGUUAAUUCAUAAUGAAGAAACCUUUGGCCCUAUAGCUGCCCUUUUCCCAUUUGACUCUGAGGAAGAGGUUAUCAAGCUUGCUAAUGAUACCCCAUUUGGUUUAGCAAACUAUUUCUUUGCUCGUGAUAUUGGCCGAUGCUGGCGUGUAGCUGAACGCUUAGAAUCAGGUAUGGUGGGCAUCAACACAGGGUUGAUUUCUAGUUGCUAUACACCAUUUGGAGGCAUUAAGGAAUCUGGUUUAGGUCGUGAGGGAUCUCAUGUUGGUAUUGAUGAUUAUAUGAAUAUCAAAUAUAUUAACAUGGGUGGUAUUUAAAGAUACCAUAUUGAAUGACUUUUAAUAAAACUUUUCAUGUUAUAUAUAAAUAUAUUAGAUGAUGUUGGAGAGGGGAAGGGGCUUCUAAUAAAUUUUACGUAUUAAGAGGAAGGGAGGGAAGUCAGUAUGUUCAGCUUUAUAUUAAAGUUU